CGCAGUUCCACGACUAAAGUCAGAUGGUGGAAUAAUAUUUCAGGAUUUUAUUUUCGAUAUUAUUGAGACGAAGCAGCCCUAAAGAUGUCAAAAUUAGACCAAGUACUUCAGAUUGAACCUUCGGUAGAACUUGUUUUUCGAGGUCCGUUUAAUGAAGUUGUGACAGCAGAUCUGAAGUUGACCAAUCCGUCAGAUAAGCGAGUAUGUUUCAAAGUGAAAACAACAGCACCAAAACGAUACUGUGUCAGACCAAACAGUGGUGUCAUAGAGUCAAAGGGAGCAGUAACUGUGGCUGUGAUGCUGCAACCAUUUGAUUAUGACCCAAAUGAAAAGAACAAACAUAAGUUUAUGGUACAGACAAUGUUUGCACCUGAUGGUAAAAUAGAAAACCAAGAACAGUUGUGGAAGGAUGUAUUACCAGAACAGUUGAUGGAUUCAAAGUUGAAAUGUGUACUUGAUCCCACUGGGAAUUCAGCAUCACAGAAUUCAGUGGUACAUGAAGAAAAGGUAAAAGCAGUUAAACAAGAAAACGUUCAUACUCGGCCCGACCUCCCAACCCCUCGGGCCGAGGCCUACCCCGCGUCAGCCCAAAAACCAACUGUUGGUAAUGUGGAUUCACAGAAACGGCAAGACGAAGAAAUAAGACGACUUAAAGAACAGAUAAAUGCUUUGAAAGAAGAGAAUUCAAAUAUCAAGGCUGAAGAAGUACGCUUGAGGAAAGUUGCUAUGUCAGAUACUGUAUCAUCUACGCCACCGCCGUCACAGCGAGUCGAGGUCCCAACACAAGCUUCUGCUCUUCCACCAUAUGUCUACCUUAUAGUUGUACUUAUUCUUGGUAUCUUAAUAGGAAAAAUCAUACUGUAGUUUCAACCUCGGGAAAAGGGAGAGACGUUUUUACUAAGACUGGACUUAUUUAUUUUUAAGCACAUAAAAAUCGUAAAUGCAAAUGGGGCCAUAAGCAGUAAGGACAGGAAUAAGCGGCUUGCUGGUAAAGGUGACGCAAGUUUUGAAAUGAUAUAUGAUGAUUCAAAAUCCAGAACAACCACGUCUCAUAUUGUUCGUAUGUUAAACAGGCUUUAGUGAAUUUUAUUUGCUUCAUUCAGUAACUGCAUAUUAUGGUAACUGAAUAUAUUGAAAUUUAGUGACAAAAAAUCAUGCAACGUGAAAUUACGAUUAAAUCAUCGAAAUCUGUGUGAAGUACUUCUGACUACUAGGGACUAUAAUAUCUCCAUAAGUACUAUAGUACAAGAGAAAAUUGUAUAUAGAACAGUUGUGAUCAUAACAUAUUGAACAUUUGGUCUGUAACAGACAUUUGCCAAUAUUAUGUAAUGUUUGCAAUUAGUUGCCAUGUUGACCAUGUUGGUCUGUAAUAUUCAGAUGGUGAAAAUUGUUCUAUAUAAUGCUUUUUACAUAGCAUUAAUUAUCUCCCCUUGUGGCCAUUUUUUUCAAGAUCUGAAACAGAUUACUGAUUAGACGAGAAUUUCUCACAUUGCUGUGAAAUUCUUUUAAUUGACAAAAAAUUUUCCUUGUACUCCUGUUACAUAAUUUAAUUAUGAAAUAUUCUGACAUUAGGUGAUAUUAAAUAUGAAAGGUGUCUUUGAUACGUUAGAGGUUUUUUUUCUCAAAGACAAUGAUUUCUUGACUAUGUCUAUAAUGAAUAUUGAAAAUUUUGACCCCCAAAAUGGCUACCAGUUACAUCAAGGAAAAUAACUUCCAGUAUUUAAAAAUAUCCGAAUGUAUUUAUACAUGGUAUAUUGCAGCUUUACAUAAUAUUUACCACUGUCUGCUUUGAGUUUAAUGUUUUGAGUGAACUGUAGAUAUUUUAAACUUUUAAAUGUGAAUAAGAACAUACUAACAAGUCUGUUAAACAGAUUAAAAUACAGUUUCUUCAUAAUCUAGCUUUCACAAGCCAUGACAUGGUAUAAGGUAUAUAUAAAAAUCUAUAUUGGAAAGUAAAAAAAAUCAUUAUGAGGUAAAAAAUUAAUUUGUUUUUAAUGUUAAGAGGGAAUAAUGUAUAACAUGAGCUGAGUAUGAAAUGUCUUUGUGAAAUUUGCAUUCUUAAUUGGUUUUAGAUUUGAUUAAAAAUCAUGUUGUACUUUAUGUAGAAUAAUGUUUGCGAAUAUUCUGUUUUCUAACUGUAUAAAUGACUUUUCUUCUUCUUACUUUGCUAAUAUAUGAAAUAUUGAAAAGGGCCUCACUGAAAGAGAGGAAUAAGUGUAGUUAUUUGUGCUGGUUUGAGAAGACUUUUAUAAAUAUGUAUGUAUUUUGGAAUGUAGAUUAUUUUCGCCUGUAUAACAAUGUGUCUCUAAAUUAGAUUGCUACUUAUAACGGUAAAUCUACUGUGAAACCAUUUAAAUUCGCUGGCAUGAAAUUUUGCGCAAAUGUGAAAAAGGACUGUUUCGCGCGGGCUUUAAUUUGCGCAUUUUCAAUUUUAGAAAUUAAAAAUAAUAAUAGCGCGGUCUUUAAUUCGCGCAUCAGUCCUAGCGCGAAAAUUCGUCCUACGCAAAGAAAAAUGAUUUCACAGUAUUUUGCAACUGCUGCUGAAUUUUUCCAGUUAUGAACAUACGUACAGAUCUAUGAAAGGAUAACCAAUUGUAUUUGAAGCAGAUGGUUUAAACAAGGAAGUAUGCAAGAUUUUUUUUAUUGCAUUUAUUCUGAAUGUUGUGGCACAGUUUUGCUGAAAAUAACCAAGGCUUCAGACAUAAAUAGCUAGAUUUACCUUGGAUCCUGGCUCUUGCAGACCACACUGGUACAUGUACUUGCGUACAUGGUGUUCUUCUCAACUUCUGCGUAGAAACAAUGUGGAAUUAGUGCUUCAUUGGUCUUCACUAUAUUGUUUUUCACAACUUGACUGUAUAAGAACAAUGUGGAAUUCUAUAAUGCUUCACUGUUCUACACCACUUGACUGUAGGAACAAUGUGGAAUUCUAUAAUGCUUCACUGUUCUUCACCACUUGACUGUAGGAACAAUGUGGAACUGUAUAAUGCUUCACUGUUCUUCACCACUUGACAGUAGGAACAAUGUGGAAUUGUAUAAUGCUACACUGUUCUCCACAACUUGACUGUAGGUACAAUGUGGAAUUCUAUAAUGCUUCACUGUUCUUCACCACUUGACUGUAGGAACAAUGUGGAAUUGUAUAAUGCUACACUGUUCUUCACCACUUGACUGUAGGAACAAUGUGGAAUUGUAUAAUGCUUCACUGUUCUUCACCACUUGACUGUAGGAACAAUGUGGAAUUGUAUAAUGCUUCACUGUUCUUCACCACUUGACUGUAGGAACAAUGUGGAAUUCUAUAAUACUUCACUGUUCUUCAUCACUUGACUGUAGGAACAAUGUGGAAUUGUGUAAUGCUACACCGUUCUUCACAACUUGACAGUAAGAACAAUGUGGAAUUGUGUAAUGCUACACCGUUCUCCACAACUUUACUGUAGGUACAAUGUGGAAUUGUGUAAUGCUACACUGUUCUCCACAACUUGACUGUAGGAAUAAUGUGGAAUUGUCUAAUGCUACACCGUUCUUCACAACUUGACUGUAGAAACAAUGUGGAAUUGUAUAAUGCUACGCUUUGCUUCAAAACUUGACUGUAGAAACAAUGUUGAAUUCUAUAAUGCUACGCUGUGCUUCACAACUUGACUGUAGGAACAAUAUGGAAUUGUAUAAUGCUACACCUUUCUUCACAACUUGACUGUAGGAACAGUGUGGAAUUGUAUAAUGCUACACCAUUCUUCACAACUUGACUGUAGGAACAAUGUGGAAUUGUAUAAUGCUUCACUGUUCUUCACAACUUGACUGUAGGAACAAUGUGGAAUUGUAUAAUGCUACACUUUGCUUCACAACUUGACUGUAGAAACAAUGGUGAAUUGUUUAAUGCUACGCUGUGCUUCACAACUUGACUGUAGGAACAAUGUGGAAAUGUAUAAAUGCUACACCGUUCUUUACAACUUGAUUGUAGGAACAGUGUGGAAUUGUAUAAUGCUACACCGUUCUUUACAACUUGACUGUAGGAACAAUGUGGAAUUGUAUAAUGCUUCACUGUUCUUCACAACUUGACUGUAGGAACAAUGUGAGCUGGCUGUGGUAGAUAUAAUGUUCAGGUGGGCACUUCGGGUCUCCCCCCACCCCAACCAUUAAAGCUUGAAAGUCACUGAAGUGAACUGUGUCAGUUUGACCUAAAACUUUAAGUCAGACCAAAUGAUCUAAUCCACAUAUUAUUAAUCAUUAAUAGCAAUGAUAUAUAUCACACAAGUAAUUAAAUGCAUACACAAAAUAACCUUGCUGUAAACGUUUUGUAUUACUGCUUUUCCAUCACUGCUAUUGUAUGUAAACAUCGAGGGUUGAUGGGAAAAGUAGAAGUGUUUAAAGUGCAUAUAAUAUCGAUACUAAGGACUUAAAAAAACAUUGCCAUUGGGCUGUUAUUUAAUAUCAACACACGAUGGUAUUAGUCAAGUCAUUUUAUUGUUCUUAUCAAAAGCUACAUACAGUAAGCCAGCUAGUGUUCAUGUGUGUUAUUGUGUGAAUGGGUAAACAUUGAUUAACUCAUGUAUGUAAUGGUCCAAGACAGGCAAUGCUAAAGUGGGUUUUGAUUUAGCUGUACAUCAAAACUUAAAAUGUCAUCAAGCAAGAUGAGAAAAUAUGUACAGAUUGUAUGAUAUUUAGCAAAUUAGAACUGACUGUUGAAACUUGGCUUCAUGACAACUUAAAAACAGAGGUAGGUUUAUUUGAUGUAGUUAUGGAAGAAAGUUACAGAAUUGUGCUCUGCGCUAUUUUCUCAUGGGUGAGCUUUCAAGCCUAUUUACUAUAUACUGAAUCAUAAAUGGGAUAAAGAGGCAUUUUACUUUAGUAUUAUGUAUGAUAUCUUACAUGUAGCUCCCUGACUUUACCCUUUAUAUAUAAGCUUUCCAUCUUUAAAAUGUGUACAGACUUAUUAUCAGAUUUAUUGGAUGAGUGUUGAGAUAAAUGGUUGGUCUAGCAGAUAUAACAUUCUGUAAAUAUAUAGUUGGAAGAGUCUUCAGAGAUUUGUGCUUUGUGUUUUUGAACCUGAAUUGAUAAAGAGUUUUACUGUUUUCUAUUUUUUAAGCUCAUCUGAUUUUUUGAAAAAAUGUGAUGAGUUAUUGUCAUCACUUGAUCGGCGUCUGCGUUGCCUGGUUAAGUUUUAUGUUUAGGUCAGCUUUUCUCCUAAACUAUCAAAGCUAUUGCUUUGAAACUUGCAACACUUGUUCACCAUCAUAAGCUGACCCUGUACAUCAAGAAACAUAACUCCAUCCUGCUUUUUGCAAGAAUUAUUGCCCCAUUUGGACUUAGAAAAUCAGUUUUCUUGGUUAAGUUUUAUGUUUAGGUCAGCUUUUCUCCUAAACUAUCAAAGCUAUUGCUUUAAAACUUGCAACAUUUGUUCACCAUAAUAAGCUGACCCUGUACAGCAAAAAACAUAACUCCAUCCUGCUUUUUGGAAGAUUUAUGGCCCCUUUUGGACUUGGAAAAUAUCAGAUUUCUUAGUUAAGUUUUAUGUUUAGGUCAACUUUUUCUCUUAAACUAUCAAAGCUAUUGCUUUGAAACUUGCAAUACUUGUUCACCAUCAUAACCUGACCCUGUACACCAAGAAACAUAACUCCAUCCUGCUUUUUUUAAGAAUUAUUGCCCCUUUUGGACUUAGAAAAUCAGUUUUCUUGGUUGAGUAAUAUGUUUAGGUCAGCUUUUCUCAUAAACUAUCAAAGCUAUUGCUUUAAAACUUGCAACACUUGUUCACCAUCAUAAGCUGACCAUGUACAGCAAGAAACAUAACUCUGUCCUGCUUUUUGCAAGACUUAUGGCCUCUUUUGGACUUCGAAAAUAUCAGAAUUAUUGGUUAAGUUUUAUGUUUAGGUCAGCUUUUCUCCUAAACUAUUUGAAGCUAUUGCUUUGAAACUUGCAACAGUUGUUCACCAUCAUAAGCUGACUAUGUACAUUAAGAAACAUAACUCCAUCCUGCUUUUUGCAAGAAUAAUGGCCCUUUUUGGACUUAGAAAAUCAUGGGUAGGACAAUUUUUCUAUUAUACAAAAAAAAAUCAGAUGAGCGUCAGCACCCGCAGGGCGGUGCUCUUGUUUUAUUUAGAGGCACAUGUUUGUGGCUCUGCCUAGACAUAUUCACUAGCAAGAGCUAUAUGUCUUUUUGACUGUCCUGUAUUUUUCUUUCAAAGAAUUCUUAGAGUCUCUUUGAUGAACUCUUCUUAACGGUUUGGUUGACUUCGCCAAACCUGAGUCAUAUAUUAAACACCUUUUUUGGAGAGUCUAUGGUCAGUUGUUUCUGUACAGAAAUUGACCUUUAUGCUACUCAUAAUGUUUGUGACAGUUGGCAUUCAUUCCAUUUCAUCUGCUUGUUUCAUUACUUUCAUGUUUGUCAGAGCAAAUACAACUUCACAGGUUGAGUUGCUUCAGGCAAUGGUGGCCCUUGGCUCUGUGUAUGAUGAACAUAAUCUUUGUAGAUGUACACUAACCUAUGUUUUGUAAGAGAACUCGGCAGAUUUUUUCUCGAGUGUAAACUGAUGACAGAAACUGAAGUUGCAGCUGUGCUAUACUUCAUGUUUGAAAACAUUUACGAUACUUACAGUGGUAGAAAAAGGGAUUUUAUUUCUUAAUUUUAUUUGGGUGUAUCACAUGCAAAGAAAAAGAUUACUAACCUAAAUAGUAUAUUAGUUUAACCCUUAUCAUGCUGGACACUACUGAUUCUGCCUUUGCGACCAGUGUAGAUCAUGAUCAGCCCGCACAUCCAUGCAGUCUGAUCAAGAUCUGCACUGUUUGCCAUUCAGUCAGUAUCCUUUUUAUAAACACACCUUUUAACAGGUAAUGGUGUUGUCUAGAUUGAAAAAUGGACAAGUUCAUUAUAGAAAUUUAGCAGGGUAAGGGUUUAAAUUUUAAUUGAUACUUUAAUUUUUGAAUAACAACACUAAUUUAACAUUGAUACCAUGUUUUUUUGAUGAUAAAAAUAAAAUUAUUUUAGUAAUUGUAGUGUUUUUUUCUCUUGUAAAAUUAAAUGCAGGCUCUUGAGACACUGAAGUACAUGAACAACAACAUUUUAGGAUAUCGGGGGGGUUUUUCAAUGUAAACACUAAUGUGAGACGAAACCAGUCCAGUUUAAUAGUGCUUCCCCUGAGCCUAUAAUAGAUUUGGCAGAUAAAUUGUUGUUUUUAGAGCUAGAUUUGAUGGUGUAUUUGUAAGAAAUGAGUGAAAUGAGAAUGAUUGUUGUAGGAUAAAACUGUUGAUAUAAUGUAUUUGUCCAAGAUGCAUCACCACAAUUUUAGUCAGUUGCCUACUGAAUAACGAAUUAACCCCAGUCAUAAUGGUGUUAUCAUUUUAAAUGUUUUUAUUUAUUAAUAUGAACAAAUUUUGCAAAGAAGAAUUUACAGCUUAAAGGUGAACAGUUACUUUAAACAUUUCUUGAAAUUUUUCACCUCAUUUAUUUAUUCUGUUAGAGGUUUAUUAAUACCUAUUACAGUGAAAAUCUAACUUGGACUAGCAGUAAGUGAACGCAAAUAAGUGUAAGUGAUCAGAUGUUAAAGUUAUAAACAAAUGAGCCACGCCAUGAGAAAACCAACAUAGUGAAUUUGCGACCAGCAUGGAUCUAGACCAGCCUGCGCAUCAGCACAGUCUGGUCAGGAUCCAUGCUGUUUGCUAACGGUUUCUCUAAUUGUAAUAGGCUUUGAAAGUGAACAGCAUGGAUCCUGACCAGACUGCGCGGAUGCGCAGGCAGGGUUUGGAUCCAUGCUGGUCGCAAACGCACUAUGUUGGUUUUCUCAUGGCACGGCUCAAAUCUAGUGUUUGACCAAAACCUGAUUAAACACCUUUAAAUGAAUUGUAAAGUUAAUUUCUGUCCAGUUUUGCAUUGAAUAAAGUACUUCCUUUUUUGGAGAUUUGUUUGAGAAAUUAGCAAGUUAGAUUUUUAGAUUUUUGGUGAAUAAAAUGUAAUGAGGGAGAGGGCAAAAUAUUAGUGAUCUAUUUUAUUUUCAGUUUUUAGAAAUUUAAAUUGAUCAAGACCAUAUAUGGGAUUCCAGUACUGUUUGAAAAUGUGAAAGGUGUAAGAAUGUAAUUGGAAAUAACUUCUGCUGCUAGGUGAUACAUUUUAGAGCUUAUCAUCACUUUGAAAUUGAAAUGUGAGUCAUUUAUUCUUUAACAAACUGAUUGAUGUACAUGUAUUUGGAAUAACAGGACUGUAGUGUAUACUGCAGUACCUUAAUUGUUCCUUACAUUUUUGUGAUUUUCUUUUUUGCAAAGUUGUAUUUAUAUAUGAUGUCUGAGGCUGGAAAAAAAAAGGUUCGUUUCAACAUGGGAGAAAGUAUUUUCGCAUGUGAAAAUGAACACAAUAUCAUUGGUCUAAAUGUUUUAUGUAUAUGCACUGUAUGACCCUUUUCUUGAAUUCCUUAACUAGUUUAGUGUAAAGUCAGGUGUAUAUGUUUAUAAGGGACUGUGUACAAAAUUUUUCCUUCACCAUAAAUUUUGCCAUAGCUUUAAAAAUUCUAAAGACAUUUUUCCACAGCGCUUCAGUGAACAUGUACAAAAGUCCCCCCAAGUUUGUAGAUUUUUUGUUACACAAUACAUGUAUAAUACUGAGGUGCAUUCAGAUCUAUAAUUAGUCAUUGUUAAGAUGCUGUAACUUUACUUAGCUUGUUGUUUUAUUGUGAAAAAAAUGAUUCCCACUUUACUGCAAUAAAGACAUUAAUGUUUAAACCAUAA